AAUACAACAACAGCUGUUAGAAGUUAAAGAUGGCCGCCGCUACCAUGGCGGGGCUCGACGCCCAUAGGAUGGAGAAGAAGACGUUUGAGUACUUUUCCUCCAUCAACUCUAUGGCCAAGAAGAUCAUGCAGGAACGGGAGAAAAUCAAAUCCGAUUACGGCUCGUCCUGGGAGAAAAUGACCCCGGAGGAGCAAGACAACGCCAUUGAUAACAGCUUGAUGGACCCUCAUAUCAGAGCCAGAUAUGCUAUGCAUAAAGUGGACCGAGAGGAGGUGGUCUGUUACCCCAGACUGCUCCUCCAGACGGGUCAGAAGACAGUCCACUUCGGUGAUGAGGACAUUACAUGGCAGGAUGAGCACUCUGCCCCUUUCUCAUGGGAGACAAAGAGUCAGAUGGAGUUCAGUUUGACGUCAGGUUCUGCAGAUCAGGUGACCUCUGCUUCUCAAGGCGACUCCAAAAGUGCAAAAGCUCCUCAUUCCAACCAGCUUGGGAAGAGUACAGCAGGAGGCAAGGUUUCUGUCAGUGAGGGCCGGAGGCCGGAGGAGGAGUCGUCCUUCUGGAAGAUCAGCGCUGAGAGGUCACGGCUGGAAGGGGAGAAGGCUGAUUUCCAGUCCCUGACCCCGAGUCAGAUCAAAUCCCUGGAGAAAGGAGAGAAGCCCCUCCCCUCCUACCUCAGACAGGAGAGUUCUGUCAUCUCCAAGGAGCCUGAAGCUGCAGAGUCUCACCCUCCGGCUCCUACCAAGUCCAUAAAGCCCAGAGCCCCCAAGCCUCCAGCCCCGCAGCUCCCAGCCCCCGUGGCUGUCAGUGCAACGCCUGCGUCCAUCUCCAUCACGCCCACACCGGCGCCGCCCAUCGCCGCCUCAUCUUCGGUCGGAGGCUGGGAGAGAUCUCAGAGCACCCUGCCGUCUGUCAGCAACACCCUGGAUGAAAUGUUUCCAUCCAAUCUGAUAUCGAAACCUUCGAAGCCCAUCAGCGCCGCAGAGAAGGAGAAAGCGGAGGAAGGUUCACCCCCCUUGGACGUGAGCCCCACCUUUUCCCAGGUGAGUUCUGAAACCGAUCCGCGUUUCUGCGCAGGUUUUGGUAAGUUUUAUAUUUUUAACAUCAAAGAGACAUUAUGUCUUAAACUCGGUAGCAGUUUUUGAUAUGUGCUGCCACAC